CCCUCGCUCUCUCUCGAUGUGUACAGAUCACACAGGAUGGGCCCAUGGUGGUGAUGGGGCCCAGUCGGCAGUUGCUGGCCUCCAGGGAGGAGGUGGAGGUGACGGAGAGAGGGACCUACCCUCCAGUGGCCUACAACCAGACAGUGAACCGGACCUGUAUCCUGUUCUGGGCAGGUAGCAUUCAGAUCUCCAAAGGGGGCCACGUGGUGGAGCUGACCAACCGCACCUUCGGGCCAGGAGCUACGGUCGAUGUCAGCAGCUCAACGUGCACCAACCAAACAGCCAACUUGGUCCUGGAGUAUGAGAACGUUGAGGAACUGGGCUCUGUCCGCAUCGUCUUCCGGAUGUCUAAUCAGCUGUACAAGGUUUCUGCGAAGUGGUGGUUCACCGUGGACCAGGUGGAGGUGUAUUCUGACGGUGAUCGCGCCUCCUUUAACGUCACCCAGAUCUACGCUCCGGCCAUCUACUCCUACCACUGCCAACGGGUCGCCCACGAUACUCAGUCCGGUUCCAUCCUCCCGUGGUCCACCAGCACCCAGCACUGGGUGGUCAUCUUCGAGGAUUUCCAGGUAUGGGUCCUGCUGCCCCUCCCCUCCUGAGUAAUCGUCACAGAU